CUGAGUUGUUAUAACCGUAAAGCGGCUAUACUGCACGUCUGUUGUAUAGCUUAAUAAUUGUUGUUGGUUUUUUGCUUGCUUGUUUGUUUAUUGCUUACACCGUAACCGCAUUAGCUCCUUUAUACAGCAACGAUUUUGCUGUUAAACUGCAAAUUGAGUUGAUGUUGUUGGUGACGUUGUAUGUGCAUGCUUAUGCAUGCAUGUGUAUCUUUUAGUUGUUUAUUUAGUUUUUUUUGUUGCAAUAAAGUUAGAAGAAAUAAAGAAAAAAAAAACAAACAAAUAAAAUUUUAUUGAAUUAGUGUUAAUGGUAUUAGAUCAUUGAAUUGGAAUUGUUGUUUAAGCUAAGAGCGUGAGUGUGUCUGUGUGUGUGUACUAAAUGAGCAAUAAAAACCAAAAAGUCAAACAAAUCAAUGAAUUUUAAUCACACUAAUUAUUUUUAUUGAAAUAACGGUUUAUUUCAAUUAAACGUAUUGCCUAAACGUCAACCUCCACCAGCAUAAUGAUGGCGACUAACUACCGACGGCUAGUGCGUAACUAAACUUUUAAUGCUUACGAAUUAAAUUAAAAACUGUUUUAAAAUAAAAAAAAAUUAAAUUUAAAAAAUUUUUAAUAAAAAUCUAAAAAAAAUAUUCUUUAAUAAAAAGUGUCUAAAUUUUGUGUAACUUUAAUACAUGCCAUAACAUGCACCCGGACUUUAGUCUGGUGUUGCAAAAGUGUGCUUCAAAUUUAAGUUUAAAGCAUAAACAACCCAUACUAUAUAGCGCCUAUAUUAACGGUAAAACUAUGGCCAAUACGGCGUCAGAAAUAACCAAUAAUUCUUCAGAGGAUACAGAGGAUCUGGUGCGCAUAGUAAGCGAUGAGGAGGAUGAAACUGAGAUAGAGGAAAACUACCCACCACAUCAUGUGCAGCAAGAAGAGGAUGAUAAUAUUAGUUUAUGCAGUGAACUAUCGGUGGGUAAGGAAAAUCCUGGAGAGGAGCCGUCAGCAGCCAGUGUAGGAGAGGAUGAGGAAAUUUUGGAUAUUAGUGAUACUCAUUCGAAUUCUUCCAAUGAGGAAAUGCAACAUUCUCCCUCGGUUUCUUCGCAAGAAACGGGCAUAAAUCCUUUUGCUUUGGCUCAUAACUUAAGAUUUCCGGUGCCUUUUGGUUUACAGCCUAAUGCUGCAACUACAGCAGUAAAUAUUUCUCCUUUUCAAGAGGAGUUUCUAAGGAAAUCUCAUCUUUAUGCGGAGGAACUAAUGAAACAUCAAAUGCAAUUAAUGGCUGCCGCUCGAGCCAGUGCCUUUUCGUUGCGUUCCAAUAGCCUAACACAACUGCAUCAUACACAUCAAAUUUCGCCAACCGCCAAUCUAGUGCAUCAUCUUAAUCCUCUAGCUAAAAUAGGACAAUUAAGUGCAGCAGCUGCUGCUGCUCUCUCCGUGGCAGCUCAACAAAAUCAUAAUAAACCUUUAAAUCACACACAACAUACCCAUCAUAUGCUACAACAGCAACAACAACAGCAGCAGCAGCAACAUCAACACCUGCAUCAGCAAUAUGAUACUUUGGCCAAAUUAACUGAUCUAAGUAAGCAACAUUCGCCAGCCUCCACUACCAGUACACAACACAUGAUGUCCACACUUAAUCAAUUGCAGACCCAAAUGCAGGCUCAUUUACCCGGUCUGCUGCAUGACAAUAAUGAUAAUCUUCAUGAAAGGGCUUUAAAAUUUAGCAUAGAUAAUAUACUUAAAGCUGACUUUGGACGUUCCAAUAGUCUCGACUCCCCGCCUCACGUUCGCAAAAGUGGCCAACAUAAAUCACACACUCAAAGGCAAAAUCGUCUUAACACAACAUCGUCCUCCUCCUCAUCCGUAGCCUGCAACAGCGCGCAUACCAUGUUAACCGAUUCACUGGAACAUUCGGCCCAAUCGUUAGUUCAUAAUAUUUCACCUUCGACACAAACAUUUUCUACUUCAUUGGCCACCAUCUGUACGAAUAGCAAUGAUUCGAGUAGUACAGCUGUUAGCAGUAGUUAUAGUAGUGCUAAUGGUGCUGCUGAUUUAGUAAAAUCAUCUCCCUCUCAAACGCCUACACUAUCACCAGGAUUUUCCACGUCUUUGGAGAAUGGCGCUGCUGGCAGUGGGACAAAUAAAAAUGUGAAUUCUUCGAGCAAAUCUGAGGAGAGUACAACAACGGCUACCUCGACUUCGGCUACGGGCACGGGUAAUGGUCCUAUAGUAUGGCCAGCUUGGGUUUAUUGUACCCGUUAUAGUGAUCGUCCUAGUUCGGGUAAGUUUAAUGGAUUCGGAAAAUGUUUACCACGAUUAUGAACAACUUUUUUUUGCACAUUGGAAAGG